CUACCUGUGAGAGGGAUGAGUUUCGAUGUUCUGAUGGACAAUGUAUUAAAAGUACCCUUAGAUGUAAUAGACAACGUGAUUGUCGGGAUGGAUCGGAUGAGCUGUCUUGUGAUGCUGUUGGAAAGUGUGCAGCUGAUGAAUUUCCUUGCGAUACAGGGGAAUGCCUUAAAUUUUUCCAAAGAUGUGAUAUGAUUGUUGAUUGCCCUAAUGGAGAAGAUGAAAGCUUGUGCCAGGAAAUGCAUUGUUCUCCUGAUGAGUUUCGCUGUAAUGAUAAGACAUGCAUUGAAAGUUAUCAACGUUGUGAUGGAGAAUAUGAUUGUCCAGACUUUUCUGAUGAGCAGAACUGCAGCAGGAAUAUUGUUUGCCCAGAUCAACACUUCCGUUGUGAUGAUGGAAGUUGCAUUGAAAUAAUACGUAGGUGUGAUGGACGACAAGAUUGUCCAGAUGGCUCAGGUGCAGAUGAAAGAGGAUGUCCUUGCCUUCCUUCUGAGUGGCAGUGUGAUCUUGGACAGUGUCUAGAUAGGAGUAAAUUAUGUGAUGGCAAAGUCGAUUGUCCUAAAGACAAUUCAGAUGAAAGAGAUUGUGCAAUAGCAGCAUGUCCAGCUGAUAGAUUCCGCUGUGGUGAUGGUACAUGUAUUCCAUCCAGUGCUAAAUGCAAUGGCCGCCAAGAAUGCAGAGAUGGCUCUGAUGAAUGGAAUUGCCCCUGCCCAGCUGAUAAAUUUAUGUGUGAAAAUCAUUUCUGUAUUGACAUGAGGAGAAGAUGUGAUGGCUAUAAUGAUUGUCAAGAUUCAUCUGAUGAAAAAGAUUGUCGUGAAGAGUGCGAAGCUGAUGAAUUCAAGUGUUUGGAUGGUAAAACUUGUAUUCCAUCAUCUGCACACUGUGAUAGGAAGUAUGACUGCCCAGAUGGUUCCGAUGAGAUAGAUUGCCGUAGGCCUACAAAUCAGUGUCGUUUUGAUCAGUAUCGAUGUAGUGAUGGUAUGUGCUUGAACAUCGCACAGCGUUGCGAUGGUAAUAAAGAUUGUACUGGAGGUGAAGAUGAGGCUGGUUGUGGAAUUUGUGCUGAUGAUCAGUUUCGCUGCAAUGAUGGAUCUUGUAUCAACAUCAAGCUUCGCUGCAAUAGAGAAUUUGAAUGUAGAGAUGGAUCUGAUGAAGUCAACUGUGAAAUCAAACCAGUGUGCCGUAUUACUGAUUUCACGUGCCGUGAUGGAACCUGUGUAAACCAAACUAUAAAAUGUGAUGGCAUUGUACAUUGUCAAGAUGGAGAUGAUGAAAGCAUAUGCAGUCGAUGUGGUGUUGGAGAAUAUGUAUGCAACAAUGGUCAGUGUAUAGAAUCAAGACAACGAUGUGAUGGUCGAAGUCAUUGUCCAAACGGUGAAGAUGAAGCUGAUUGUCCAGUGGAUUGUGAGAAGGGCCAAUUCCGUUGUAAAAAUGGACAAUGUGUGGAUGAACGCAGAAGAUGUGAUGGAAGGCCGGACUGUGCCGAUAGCUCUGAUGAACUGGAUUGUGGUAUCUGUAAACCUGGAGAUAUAGUAUGCAGGGAUGGUAGUUGUGUGGAUGUCAGCAAGCGCUGUGAUGGAAGAAAUGAUUGUUUAGAAGGAAUUGAUGAAGCAAACUGUGAAUGUCAGGCAAAUGAGUUUCGAUGUGGUGAUGGCUCGUGUAUCAGCGACAGAAGACGAUGUGAUGGAUAUCCAGAUUGUCGUGAUAGAUCUGAUGAAGUAAAUUGUGAACAAUGUGCAGCAAACAUGUUUAAAUGCUCUGAUGGAAUUUGUAUCGAUGAGAGGAGACACUGUGAUGGAAGACGGGAUUGUUUUGAUUAUUCUGAUGAAGAAAAUUGUGAGCCAGAAUCGUGUGACGAAGAUGAAUUCCGUUGCACAAAUGGACAGUGCAUUGAUAUUGAAUUAAAAUGUGAUAGAAAGUAUGACUGCCGGGAUGGUUCAGAUGAGUUUUCUUGUGAGCCUAAGGCUUGUGAGGCAGAUGAGUUCAGAUGUAAUGAUGGCCAGUGCAUUGCCAGUAAUCUGAGGUGUGAUCGAAAGUAUGAUUGCAGGGAUGGCACUGAUGAGUUUACAUGUGAACCGAAAGCUUGUCAACCAGAUGAAUUCAGAUGCCAGGAUGGCCAGUGCAUUGAAAGUAAUCUGCGGUGCAAUAGACAAUAUGAUUGUAGAGAUGGCAGUGAUGAACGAGAUUGUGAACCAAAAGCUUGUCAAUCAGAUGAAUUCAGAUGUCAGGAUGGCCAGUGCAUUGAAAGUAAUCUGCGGUGUAAUAGGCAGUAUGACUGCAGAGAUGGCAGUGAUGAACAGGAUUGUGUUAGUCCAUCUUGUCAACCAAACCAGUUUCCUUGUUCUGAUGGCCAGUGUAUAGACAGUAGUUUAAAAUGCAAUAGAAAUUAUGAUUGUCGAGAUGGUUCUGAUGAAUUGAAUUGUGUUAGUGAAGCGUGUAGUGAAAAUCAGUUUCGUUGUACUAAUGGCCAGUGUAUUGAUACAAGUUUAAGAUGUGAUAGAAAAUAUGAUUGCAUUGAUGGCUCAGAUGAAACAACUUGUAAUGCUCGUUGUCAGCCAUCUGAAUUUCAGUGUGGUGAUGGAACAUGUGUAGAUGCUGUAGUUCGUUGUGAUGGUAGAAAUGAUUGCCCAGAUCGUUCUGAUGAGAGAGACUGUGGUUGUACCCCAACUCAGUUUCAGUGCAAUAAUGGUGAAUGUGUCGACAGCAGGUCUCAUUGUGAUGGAAUUCCUGACUGCAACGAUGGAUCUGAUGAAAGAGAUUGCCAAGAAUGUGAUGCUGAUGAAUUUAGGUGUGGUGAUGGAAAGUGCAUUGAAGACACAUUUCGUUGUGAUGGAUUAUAUGAUUGUGCUGAUUAUUCAGAUGAACAAGACUGUGAGACUCGUCUCUGUCGGCCCUCUCAGUUUCGUUGUGUAACAGGUUUAUGCAUCGACAGGGCAAAGUACUGUGAUGGUCUUCCAGACUGUCCUGACAGAUCUGAUGAACUGGAUUGCUGGGCUUGUCAACCAGGUCAGUAUGUUUGUGCUAAUGGACAGUGUAUUGAACGAUCCCAGAGGUGUGAUGGUACAUUUGAUUGCAGUGACUAUUCAGAUGAAUCUGAUUGUGCUCCUGAGGGUGGCAUUAAUAUCAAGGUAUACCCAGAAAGACAAAGUAUCAGGCAAGGACGUGAAGUGGUUUUCCGAUGCCGAGAUGAAGGCAUGCGCAGGUCUCCUGUGAAAUGGAUUCGAGCUGACAACCGUCCUAUGCCUCCAGGAAGCACAGAUAGAGGAGGUCGUCUCACAAUGCCAAAUAUUCAGCCAGAACACAGUGGUGUUUACAUAUGUGCAUCAUCUACUGCAUCACCCAGUACAUCUACUGCACAGAAAGCAGCAUUCCUGACUGUUCAACCAUAUACUCCUCCAACUUCUCGUCCAACUCGUCCUUCAGGAGCUUGCGCCAGAGAGGAAGCAACUUGUCAAAAUGGUGAAUGUAUUCCUUGGGAAUAUGCUUGUGAUGGAGAUUUUGACUGUACUGACCAAUCUGAUGAGUUGAAUUGUGAUUAUCAGUUUCAGUGUCAACCUAAUGAAUUCCAAUGUGAGAACAAGAAAUGUGUGUUAAAAGUUUGGCGUUGUGAUGGAGAUAAUGAUUGCUUUGACAAUAGUGAUGAAAAAUCUUGCACUCCUAAUCCAGCUGGAUCACCAUGUCGUUAUGAUGAAUAUCGUUGUUUAUCUGGAGAUCAAUGUAUUCCCAAAGCAUUUCAAUGUGAUGGUGAAUUUGAUUGUCAAGACAAAUCUGAUGAAAUUGGCUGUGCUGCACCAACUAUAACACAGCCACCACCUGAAACAUUAACUGUUGAAGAAGAUGAAACUGUUACAAUUAUUUGCACUGCUGUUGGCAACCCAACACCUAUAAUCAGUUGGCGACUUAAUUGGGGAAACAUACCACCUGGACCACGUGUUUCUGUAACUAGCGAAAAUGGACGUGGUACUGUAACCAUACGUAAUGCCAGGCAAACUGAUCAAGGAGCAUGGAGUUGUGAGGCCAUAAAUAGUAAAGACAGUGUAUUGGCUAUCCCAGAUACUGUAUUAGUGGUAAAACCAAAAGCUGGAGUAUGUCGACCUCCUCUGUUUAAUGAAAAAGCUACAGUCUCUUCUGAUUGUUUGAGAUGUUUCUGCUUUGGUGUAACAGAAGCUUGUUAUAGUAGUAGUCUGCAUCUUAUCAGUAUACCACUCCAAACUGAAAUAUCAAUUGUUGCAUUACAAAAAGAUGCAAGAGGUAACUAUGAAGAUGUUGGCCAACGAUAUCCUCCAAAUCAGAAUGCGAUUCAAUAUAAUUCUGCCAAUCGAGAAUACAAAGUGGAAGGUCAUGUUCGUAAUGAUGCACCUCUUGAUGUAUAUUACUAUUGGAGCUUACCUCCUGAAUUCCUGGGAAAUCAGCUCAACAGUUAUGGAGGAUAUAUUCGUUACAUAUUCAGAUAUUCAGCACCAUUCCUUCCAAAGCCUCCCAGGAUAGCAGACUUUAUUAUAAGAGGAAAUGGAAUCACGCUAUACCAUGUUCUGAAGCAACCUUAUGGACCUCAACGUGAUAACAAUGUUGAAGUUCGCUUCUGGGAAGGAGAAUGGCACAAAAGUGAAGCUCAAGGGCGAGCUGAUGUUCCUGUUGUAGAUAUUACAACACGACAAGAUAUUAUGAUGGUGUUACAAAACAUUGAAGCAUUUUAUGUUCGAGCUAGUUAUGAUGAUGAAAUGAUUCAUUCCAGCAUUCUUAAUUUCCAUAUGGAUUCUGCAUCAUUAGCUGACCCUACAGCUCCUCAAGCUGUGUAUGUUGAAAAAUGUUCUUGCCCUCAAGGUUAUACAGGAAAUUCUUGUGAGGAGUGUUCAGAAGGCUACUCUAGAAGAACAACUGGCAGUGGUCUUGGAGACUGUGUGCCAUCUAGAGUACCAUGUAACUGCCAUGGCCAUUCCAGCUUGUGUGAUCCAUCUACUGGAGAAUGUUUGAACUGCCGUCAUAACUCAGAAGGAAGGCAGUGUGAACGAUGCAAAAGAGGUUAUUAUGGCAAUGCUAGGCAAGGAACUCCUGGUGACUGUCAACCAUGUCCUUGUCCUCUUAUAACCACACCUAAUCAGUUUUCACCUACAUGUAUCCUAGACAAGGAUGACCAAGUAACAUGUGAUGCAUGUCCUAUUGGAUAUGAGGGAAGGCGCUGUGAGAGGUGUGGACCAGGUUAUGAUGGCAAUCCUAAUAUACCUGGUGGAAGUUGUAGAGUUCGUGGUGGUCUGCAGUGUGACCCAGUGGGAAGUUUAACUCCCGAUCCUAGUCGAACAACUGGACUUUGUCAAUGUAAGCCAUAUGUCACUGGAGCUCGUUGUGAUCAGUGUAAACCUCGCACAUUCCAUCUGAAUCCAGAAUCUCCUCUAGGAUGUAUUGAUUGCUUUUGCAUGGGCAUAACUGAAACGUGCUCCAGCAGCAGCUGGUAUCGUGAUGAAAUUGUUUUGAGCUUUACAAGCAGUUCACAGGAUGUAGUGUUAACCAACAGUUUGAGAAGCUCUGUUAUAACUGAAAAUUUGCAAGUAGAUGCUAGAAACAGAGAGCUUGUUUUCAGAAACUUUGCCUCUUAUCCAGCUCAAACAUAUUACUGGAAAAUGCCAUCAUCAUUUUUGGGGGAUAAGGUCACAGCUUAUGGAGGAAGAUUGAAUUAUACUGUGAUGUAUGUACCAGGAAGUCGUGCUGAUCCAAAUUUAGAUCCAGAUGUCCAAAUUAUGGGAAAUGGUAUUGUGUUAAUGUACAGAUAUCCAGAUUUAAUCCGUCCUUCUUCACUGAUCUCUAUUUCAGUCCCAAUGUAUGAGACUUCAUGGCUUCGAUCUGAUGGCCAGCCAGCAACCAGAGAGCAUCUUCUUAUGACACUAGCAGAUUUGGAUGCAAUCUUAAUUAAGGCAACAUAUACUGGAGGUACUUCUUCUGCCAGCUUAGCUGAUGUGUCUCUGACAAUUGCUGUGGAUCGACCUAUGGAUAUGGGUAGAGCAUUUGCAGUGGAACAGUGUCGUUGUCCUAUUGGGUAUAGUGGUUUAUCUUGUGAAGAUUGUGAUGCGGGUUAUACUAGAUCUGGAGCUGGUCUGUAUCUUGGAUUAUGUGAACCGUGCUUUUGCAAUCAUCAUUCAAGUGAUUGUAUUCCAGAAACAGGAAUAUGCAGGAACUGUCAGCAUAAUACUGGAGGAGACUUCUGUGAAGAAUGUUUGCCAGGCUAUGUUGGAAAUGCAGCUGAGGGGACUCCAAAUGAUUGCAAACCAGCAAUAGGCUUACAAAAGUGCGACUGUGAUUCUCGGGGAAGUCUUGGAACAACAUGUGACUCUAAAAAUAACUGUCCUUGCAAGUCAAAUGUUCAAGGAAGUAGUUGCAAUCAAUGUAAAGAAGGUUUUUUCAAUCUGGAAACACGAAAUCCAGAAGGAUGUGCUCCAUGUUUCUGUUUUGGAGUUACUCGACAAUGCAGUAGUAGUUCUUACUAUAGGAAUCAGAUUGCUAUGAGAUUAGAGGACCUUAUUGAUCCAUACAGCCACAAUUUCCAACUAACUUCCAGAUUCAGAACUCGAACUAUAACAGAAGGCAUUAUUGUUAAUCCCAGUCAGAAUGAAGUAAGUUUCACCUCAUUUCCUCGAGAACCUGAACAAACAGAAACAUUAUUUUGGUCUUUACCAGCUCAAUUUCUAGGCAACAAGCUAGCUUCAUAUGGAGGGAAACUUCAUUAUACUCAACAAUACUUAGCCGGUGAUGGGGGAGAUCUGUAUGCUGAUGCGGAUGUUGAAAUGACUGGAAAUGGAAUAUCAGUAUUUUAUGUGAACAUUCCCACUUUGAACCCACAGGAAGUACGAACAUUUGAAAUAGAAUUGAGAGAAACAAACUGGCAGCGAGUAGAUUCAAGAGGACCAACUUCUGCUACUCGUGAAGAUUUCUUGAAAGUUUUGGCAAAUGUUGAAGCUUUGCUGAUUCGUGCAUCUUUUCACAACCGGAUGCAACAGACCUUGCUUCGGGAUGUAAUAAUAGACACUGCUGUUCCACAAAGUACUGGCCAAAGACUAGCACCUGAAGUUGAGCAAUGUAUUUGUCCACCAGGUUAUAUUGGCUUAUCAUGUGAAGAAUGUGCACCUGGAUACAUUCGUGAUUCAAGUGGAGCAGGGCUUGGACGAUGCACUCGUUGUAAUUGCAAUGGCCAUUCUGAAUCAUGUGAUGCUACUUCAGGACGUUGUGUACGCUGUCGGCAUAAUACUGUAGGUGAAAGCUGUGAACGAUGUGCAGAUGGUUACUAUGGAGAUGCAACUCGAGGUACUCCAGAGGACUGCAAGCCAUGUCCAUGUCCUUUAACAGUUUCUUCAAAUCAAUUUUCUCCAACUUGUUUCCUUGAUAAUGAUGGUCAACCCACUUGUAAUGCUUGUCCUGCAGGGUACAUUGGACGGAAUUGUGAAAAAUGUGCUGCUGGCUAUCGAGGAACACCAGUGCAGCCAAGUGGAAGGUGUGAACCUAUAGGGGGCUCUCUUCUGAAGAUAACAGUUGAACCCACAAAUGUGGUAAAGCAUGUUGGUGAGCAGGUGGUGAUACAUUGCCAAAUCCGCAGCGAUUUACCAUUUCGAGUUGUCUGGCUUCAUAACAACGACACAGUUCAUGCUUCAAAAUCAAGAGUUUUUGUCAACAGCACUGCCAAAGGGAGCACCUUAACAAUUUCUAAUGUUUCUAGGCAACAUCAGGGAUUGUACACUUGUCGGGCCAUUUCGAAAAACAGAAGUAUCCAGAAAGUGGCCAAGCUCACAGUUUUGGGUGUAAGCCCAACUAUCCGUGUAAGAGUUGAAGAACCAAGAACACAACGUGUUCCUGUGGGUGCUACUGUGACAUUUAGAUGUAUUGGUGUCAGUCAAAUUCAUGGUGUAACUUAUACAUUAGUUUGGACAAAAGAAGGAGCUGCAAUGCCCGCACAAGCUACUGAGGCUAGUGGUGUCUUAGCUAUACCUAAUGUUAGACCUGAAGAUACUGGAACUUAUAUUUGUACUGGGUCUGACCUUUCUAGUGUUGCACAGGACAGAGCAACCCUAUUAGUUGAAGGAACAGGUCAUCCUACUCCACCCAGAGUAACCAUCGAACCUCAUUACCAAGAAGUAAAAGUUGGUGAUCCUGUUGAAUUCCGGUGUAUUGCAGAAGGCUUCCCAGAACCUCAGCUUCGAUGGACUGGUGGCCGGAAUAACCAGAUCAACCCUCAGGCUACUUUUGCUGGCGGCUUUUUCCGCAUCCCAUCUGCACGAAAAAGUGAUGAGGCAGAAUAUUUCUGUUCUGCUACAAAUUCUGCUGGAUCUGAAUCAAUGCGAACUAUUCUCUUAGUUCGAGGAGGUUAGUUGUAGUUGAAUGAUACUAGCACAUGUGUUGUGAAACUUUCUCAAACUAACCUUUUAUAUUCUUCUUUUUCCGUGCAUUGCCCCUUUAACUUCUCUAUCCUUUUUUAAACCUUAUUAUAUUUACUAUUCUACUGGAAUUACUGUCCUGUUAUAUAAUCAGCUAUAUAGCAAAGUGGGAUUUAAUGUUCUUUUAAAAGCUAUUUUAUUUUAUACUUAAGCUAAUACUCACAGUUUAACAAUACACAUGCCUGAACAGGGCAUCAAAAUACUGAGUAGUAGCAGAAGUAAUUCUUAACACCCUUCUCAAUUUUAAAUAGUAUUAAACAUUAAAAUUGCAUUAUACGUCAAAUUCCAAAAGUCAAGCUUUUUGGCAUUGUUUAUAAAUUUUAUGAAGGAUGCAGCUUUAAUCAGAAUCUCCAAAAUAUUUUCUGAAGUUGGUACACUGCUAAAAAAAAAAAAAAAAAAAAAAAAAAAAAAAAAAAA